UAAGUGUGAGAUUAAUCCAACUAAAAAAAAUUUAAAUGCACUCUACCUUUCUCGUGCCAAAUGCUAUUAAGUUUAUGAUGCAAUUUUCAUGUUAUAGCUCGAUUUUAUAGAUUUGAGAUAAGUUACCCAUAAUUUCCAUAAUUCUUCUUAACCCCAAUGGUAGAGAAUCCGCCUCCGAAGUAUAUCUAGUAUUCUCCUUUUGUUUGUUUGUUAACUUUCUCUUUCUUCGUUUCUUAUCCUCACCCGCGAAAACUAACGAAUUCUCACUCCUUUAAUCACCGUUCAUCAUCGUCCUCCUCUUCCGCCGCGGUAACCUCAUUUUUCGCCUUCUUCUUACGGUAAGAUCGGAAAAUCAGCUCGUGAAUUGGGAUUUGUUGGGAAAAAAAGAGCCUAGGAGUUGGGCCUGGGUAUGUUUAGAUUUUGUUUGGGCUGUCCAUCCAUUGAGUCCAAGGAAAAAGCCUAGAACAAUGCCCUUCUCUUUCUCUAUCUCACAACCAACUCCUGCAAAUGCAAUGCGCAUACCAGCAACAAUGAUGUCAACCAAUUCCCUUUUUUCAUGUUCGUUAAGAUUAUUCACAACCAAAUCCCCACUUUCCCUCUUCAACAAAAACAACUCUACUUUCUUCAUUAAACCCACAAACACCCUCUUCUCUUUCAAACCCAUCACUUUCCAAAGACUCCCAACAAAACCAUCAUCUUCAUCGUCACCACCGCCAUCCACUUCCCUUCAACCCAUCGAAGAACUCCCUCCAAAGCUUCAAGAAAUUGUAAACCUCUUCCAAUCCGUACAAGAACCCAAAGCCAAAUACGAACAGCUUCUUUUCUACGGAAAAACCCUCAAACCCCUCGAACCCCAAUUUAAAACUAAAGAGAACAAAGUUGAAGGUUGUGUUUCUCAGGUUUGGGUCCGAGCCUACAUGGACAGUGACAAAAAUGUCGUCUAUGAAGCUGAUUCAGAUUCUGUUCUCACCAAAGGCCUCGCCGCCUUAUUAGUUCAAGGCUUUUCAGGUCGACCCGUUAAUGAAAUUAUCCGGGUCACACCAGAUUUUGUAAUGCUUCUUGGAUUGCAACAGAGUUUAACCCCUUCUAGAAAUAAUGGGUUUUUGAAUAUGCUCAAGUUAAUGCAGAAAAAAGCACUUAGGCUCUAUGUGGAAGCUGAAAAGGGUACUUCUGAAUUUAACUCAAUUGGAAAUUCUGAUUUCAAAGAUGAUAACUUUGUUGAGAAUUCAAGUGGCCCUUCUGUAACCCCAGGUUUAGGUGUUGGUUUUAGUUCUAAGGUUGAUGAUGUGAAUGUUGAAUUGGAAGGGAGAGGGAAGAGGAUAAAGGAAAAGCUUGAAAAGGACCUUCAUCCUAUUGAGUUGGAAGUUGAAGACGUGUCUUAUCAACAUGCUGGGCAUGCUGGUGUUAGAGGGAGCAAUGGUGAAACACAUUUCAAUGUUAAAGUUGUUUCUGAAGAGUUUCAAGGGAAGAGUUUGGUUAAGAGGCAUAGGCUUAUUUAUAACUUGCUUCAAGAUGAGUUGGAGUCUGGACUUCAUGCGUUGUCUAUUGUGGCCAAGACACCUUCUGAAGUCGGUGAAGGAUGAAAAUUUUAAUGCUCCAAAAGAGAGGUCAAAGUUUUCUCCUUUGUCUCUGUUGUGUUUGAGAAUGUACUUGUGUUGUUUGGUGAAUCAUAAGGUUAUUUAUAUUUGUUAGAUUACUUGUUUUGGUUUAAAUAUAUUGUCUUGUGACAUUACACAUUCA